UUGGGGAAUACUUUGAUAAAAAAGGGUCGUCUAAAUUAAGAUAAAAUGAUUCAAUCGAAAAAUUUUCUUUAUAUAACCUCAACUCUACAUAAGCUUCUUAAUAAGUAGUGCAUAAUAAACUGAUGAUCUGGUAUUGUGUGAAUAAAAACAAGUACGAAUUUACUGGAUUGUAAAAUUUUGGUUGUAAUAUAGGAGAAAAGAGGUUGCAUAUACACUACUUGACCAGGCAUUUCCAGAAGCGUGGAUUAGAUAUGAGCCUAUCAAAUACAGGAAAAUUGAUUUGUCCUUGCAUUUUUUUACUGGUGAUAUGUUGUCGUCAUGUGUUAUCAAAUGGUUCUAAUGAAGAACUACUGCCUGUGAGCAUUUCUGAAGUUUAUGAAAGCCUGAAGAACAGUCCUUUGAUCCGAGGAUCGAUUACAUCGAAUGGAAAUCGAAAAGGUAUUUUAACGAAAAGGAGGUUAUUCAGUAAUUUGUUUAUGGACGAUGCCGGACAUAAUCAUGAAGAACGAAAUGAGUUUGGUAUUAUAUAUGACUAUGCACUACCCAAAAAGUAUAAAUUUAUGGUCGGUGAUAAUGAGGAAGUUACAGAUCUAGCAGGCAAUGGCCAGAUUGUGACUGAAAUAACAGAAAAUGAUGAAUGUGAAAUCAAAUAUAUCUAUGACAUGGACUACGACUCUGCAGUUUGUCGAUUGGUAGGAGGUGAUUGUUAUCUUGAAUACGAAAAGCAAUUCAGGACUGUGAUACCCGACAAGAAUCGUUGCCUCCAGAAAAAUAAUGAUUGUGUUAUGAAUAUCUCAGACUAUGGGAAUAACGGCGUUAUGUUACCAUUCACACGUUUGAACUGUUUGAAGUAUAGGAUGAAAGCGAGGACUUUGAGUGAUUUACCUUUUCCAGAACUCGAAAAGAAAAAUGAAUGUGAAUUUCGCUACAUCAAUGAAUUAACUCCACAAGAAUUAUUUUGCCAAUUGAAGGACAAUGCUUGUUAUUUAGGGAAUGAAGAAAAAAUAACCAUCAUCAGAGAUGAUGAAAACUGCAAAUUAGUACGUAAUCAUUGUGUGUCCAAGGGCGAUAUGCGUACCGAAUUGCCAUUCGUCAGUAAAAAUUGUCACAAAUUUGAUAUACCUAACAACUCAAGGAAACGAAGGCAAUUAACGUAUCCAGCAAAAGGUUGUGAACUAUACUCUAGCCAAAAUAUGUUCUACAGGAUCGUGAAGUGUCAAUUGAUAAAUGGUGAAUGCUACUUAGAAAUGGACAACAGGGUGACAAUUCAGCCUGACAAUGAGAACUGUUUUCAACAUGGUGAUGGAUGUUAUGCUUUCACUUCGUUUCCACGAACUGAGCUGCCACUGGUUGAUAAAGAUUGCAUAAGGCGAAUUGAUGUCAUCGAGCAUUAUCCGAAAAACAAUAGGGGUUUACCCCAAGGACUUUCCUCAAAGUUGGGUUCCGCAAAAAAGGAGUUUAUUAAUUCAUCGCCCAAAUUAGCAGGAAGAGCCGGACAUCAUUUCAUGGACACAACAGAUGAACCUCCGUCAAAUGAAUUAGGAUUAAAUGGGGUUUCCUUUGGAAGAAGUUCAAUAAACGUACCUCCUAAUCCACUCGAAGAAACUUUAUUUGAUGGUUUGUCAGAUGUCAAAGUUCAAAGAGCUCGUUGGAAAGAUAAAUCAUCUGAUGAUGAUAUAUGGAAAGAUCCGCAAUAUACUAGUUGCAUUUUAGUAAUGCAAAAGAAAGGCGAUAAAUUCGAGAAGCGUUGCUAUCCCGGCAAUGAAGAAACAGAUUACCUAAUAUCCGACGAAAGUAACUGUCGCCUUAUUGACGGUCAGUGUUACAAGGUCCACAAAAAUCGGAAAAUCAAGAAAAAAUAUUUGUCUACGAAAAAAGAACUUAGACGUGUUAAACUAUUCGACGAGUGUUACGAGAUCGAUGUUGAAGAUUUGUAUGAGAGCCCCUGUUCACAAUCUAACUACGAACUAUUGAUGGUCGAUCCAGAAAAUCCUAAGAAUUUCUGCGACUCGAAGGACUGUGGAGAAACCAAAGACAAGACAGUGGUACCUGUUAGAACUGUCAAUAGAGAUUCGGAUUCUGUAUUGAUGGAUGCUCUGAAAGCGAUGGUACCAGAGGAUCAGUUAAAUAUGAAACCUGACGGUUUGUUCUACUCUGUUGCGUUUCUCUACAACGAUUCAUUUUCAGGAGCUCUGUCGACUCCAAUUGUUCAGAAGAAAGAAUCAAAUAGAUAUGAGAAUAAAAAUGACCAAUAUUUUAAGAAUGAAGAAAAUAUAGGAUAUUUGGAUCUGGACGAUUAUUUAUAUGACGAUUCAGACGCCAGUGGUGAAAUUUCAGAAGGAAAAUCUCGCCAGUCUGCACGCUCAGAAGAUGCAUGGCAGGACCUCAAGAAUACUAACUGUAUCUUCCACAUGAUAAAAGGCAAGCAUUCGUGGAAAGCAAAAUGUUACCCUGGAAACGAUCUAUCCGAUGAGAUAAAUCCUCAACUUGAAAACAGCUGCCGCCUCAUUGACGGUGAAUGCCUCAAGGUACACAGAGAUCAACAAUUUUUGAGUUCGUAUUUUAGGGAGUCACCAAAUGAAAUAUUGAAAUGCAUUAAACUCGAUGACGAAUGUUUCUUAGUCUCUGCAAAUUUAUUAUUAGAAAACAAGGAUGAUUGUUAUGAAUCGAUGUGUAAUAAUCUGAUAGAAGAUCCCCAAUUUCUUGGAAACUACUGCGAAUCUUCGGAUUGUGGACACUCGGGUAAUAACUUGAAAUUUUUGAGAGAACUGAACGAUGGUGAGGUUUCUUCGGAUAGGCCAAAGGUAAAAUCUCUAAAAGAUUUGCCUGUCUCUUAUCCCUUGUUGCAAGCUUUGAAGGCAGUGGUACCUAAGACGAACUUAAAUGAGAAUCCUUCAGCUCUGUUAUUUUCAAUUGGAUUGCUAUACAAUAGUUCAAGAUCAUCAGAUGUCCCCAUUGAAGAACUUGCAGGAAGAAGCAACCAAAAAGUCAUGCAAAAGGUUGGAAAUAUAACUGUUGAAGUACGCAAGAGAGAUGAAACACCUGAAUAUCUAUCAACAGAACACCGGAACCUGACAGACAUCUUAAAUACACAAGAGGCAGAUAUUUCCCUCGAUAAGGACCAAAGAUUGGCGAAAAACGCUCAAAUACUUAAUGAAUAUCAAUCUGUCAGCAGUGAUGAGCAUGAUUCAGGUUUUGAUGCAAUUGUUAAAAGGAGGCGUUUCUUCAGAAACCAAGGAACAGAAAAAGAGAAACAAAUUUCAGUACAUGAUGCAGAUCAAUCAAAAAGGGAAUUGAGGAAUGGAGAAAACUCUGAAUAUUUCUUUACUUAUCAGCCCAUUGCAGUAGAGACGCAGCCUGAGAACCUACCACGAGAAAGAUCAGAAUUUUAUUUCAAUCCAAGUAUUCCAUUUAUUUUCCUGGGAGAUUAUCCUGGAACCAAAGAAGGAACUAACGAUACUAUAAUAAUUAAUGAGAAGCCAUACAAAUAUCACGAUGAGAAUAUCCCAACGGUACAAGAAAUCAGAACUAAAACAGUUCACAUCAGUGAUGACUUGUUGCCGAAUGAAUAUAAUAAGGAUGCGAUAAUUGACUUUUUAUCAGCUUAUCCCUUGCCAUAUUGGUGUACACCUGAAGAAAAUGGAAAUGUUAUUAAUAACUGUUGUGAAAAACAUGAGAAAUGCAAAGAUGCGAUAGAGCCUUCAGAAGAAAAAUAUGGAUUGGAAAAUACUAGUGUCUAUAAGAGGUAUCACUGCUCUUGCGAAUAUGACUUCUUCAAAUGUUUGAAGAGCAUUGAGGGUAUCGUUGCCAAUUCAUUAGGAGUGGCUUACUUCAAUGUUAUAGCUCCAAAAUGUUUUGCACCAUUGUCCAGACUGAAAUGUUUAUCGAGAAAUAAGUGGAAAAAGUGCGUAAAAUAUGGAAAUGAUGAGACCUCAAAGGAAGCUUAUCGAUGGCUGGAUACUCCAACAUUCUAAUUGCUAGUAUAUCUUUAUUGAAUUUCAAGAAAUAAAAAUUUUCUCAGAU